CCGCCCCUCCGCCGGCCGGCCGGGCCCCGCCUCGGCUCUGCGCCCUCGCCCCGCUCUCAGCCGCCUCUCUGCCCCGCAGCAGCCAGCCCCGUCCCCGGCAGCAUGUUCAGCUGGGUCAGCAAGGAUGCCCGCCGCAAGAAGGAGCCGGAGCUCUUCCAGACGGUGUCCGAGGGGCUGCGGCAGCUGUACGCGCAGAAGCUGCUGCCCCUGGAGGAGCACUACCGCUUCCACGAGUUCCACUCGCCCGCGCUGGAGGACGCUGACUUCGACAACAAGCCCAUGGUGCUCCUUGUGGGCCAGUACAGCACGGGCAAGACCACCUUCAUCCGGCACCUGAUCGAGCAGGACUUUCCGGGAAUGCGCAUCGGGCCCGAGCCCACCACCGACUCUUUCAUCGCAGUCAUGCACGGCCCCACCGAGGGCGUGGUGCCGGGCAACGCGCUCGUCGUCGACCCGCGGCGCCCCUUCCGCAAGCUCAACGCCUUCGGCAACGCCUUCCUCAACAGGUUCAUGUGCGCGCAGCUGCCCAACCCAGUCCUGGACAGUAUAAGCAUCAUCGACACUCCCGGGAUCCUGUCUGGAGAGAAACAGCGCAUCAGCAGAGGGUACGACUUCGCGGCCGUCCUGGAGUGGUUCGCCGAGCGGGUGGACCGCAUCAUCCUGCUCUUCGACGCCCACAAGCUGGACAUCUCUGACGAGUUCUCGGAGGUCAUCAAGGCCCUCAAGAACCACGAGGACAAGAUCCGCGUGGUGCUGAACAAGGCCGACCAGAUCGAGACCCAGCAGCUGAUGCGGGUCUACGGGGCUCUCAUGUGGUCCCUGGGGAAGAUCAUCAACACCCCCGAGGUGGUCAGGGUCUACAUCGGCUCCUUCUGGUCCCACCCGCUCCUCAUCCCCGACAAUCGCAAGCUCUUUGAGGCCGAGGAGCAGGACCUCUUCAAAGACAUCCAGUCUCUGCCCCGAAACGCCGCCCUCAGGAAGCUCAAUGACCUGAUCAAGAGGGCACGGCUGGCCAAGGUCCACGCCUACAUCAUCAGCUCCCUCAAGAAGGAGAUGCCCAAUGUGUUCGGUAAAGAGAGCAAGAAGAAAGAGCUGGUGAACAACCUGGGAGAGAUCUACCAAAAGAUCGAGCGGGAGCACCAGAUCUCCCCCGGCGACUUCCCAAGCCUCCGCAAGAUGCAGGAGCUCCUGCAGACUCAGGACUUCAGCAAGUUCCAGGCCUUGAAACCCAAGCUGCUGGACACGGUGGACGACAUGCUGGCCAACGACAUCGCCCGGCUGAUGGUCAUGGUGCGCCAGGAGGAGUCCCUGAUGCCCUCCCAGGCCGUGAAGGGCGGCGCCUUUGAAGGCACCAUGAACGGGCCCUUUGGGCACGGCUACGGUGAGGGGGCCGGUGAGGGCAUCGACGACGUGGAGUGGGUGGUGGGCAAGGACAAGCCCACCUACGACGAGAUCUUCUACACGCUGUCGCCCGUCAACGGCAAGAUCACGGGCGCCAACGCCAAGAAGGAGAUGGUGAAGUCCAAGCUGCCCAAUACGGUGCUGGGGAAGAUCUGGAAGCUGGCCGAUGUGGACAAGGACGGGCUGCUGGAUGACGAGGAGUUUGCCCUGGCCAACCACCUCAUCAAAGUCAAGCUGGAGGGCCACGAGCUGCCUGCCGACCUGCCCCCGCACCUGAUCCCGCCCUCCAAGCGGAGGCACGAGUGACCGUGACCGCCGCGCCCGCCUGGCCAGGCAGAGACUGGGGGGAGGGGAAGGGUCACCAGCUCUCAAGGUCCAUAAAGACUGAGCGAUGUUUCCUCAGCUCUUGAAAAGGAAAACCAUCAUCUUUCUUUUAAGGCUGUUCCUGGGCCCAGCAGGGAGGCGGGUGAUACUCGCAUGUGAAUGAUGGAAUUUUGUGCACAAGAACUAUGGAUAUUUUUAAUAUAUAACGUCAGAGGCAGCGUU